AUGAUUUGGUGUGGCAGGGACUACACUUCUAAGGUGAGGACGGUAGAUGUUUUUAAAUGCUGGCCAUUCGCUGCCGAUGAAGUUAGCCGCUCCCAAGCGGAGGCCUGGCUUCCGCCGAUGACCGUUCCCAGGUUGCGUCGGUGGUCGGAUGAGUUAGAUGGAGUGAGAUCUAAACUCGCCGGAGAUGGUGGAGACAAACUAAGGGAGAAUCGGCUGAGUGAGGCGGUUUUUGAAGAGAGUGAAACGGAGAGAGUGGAUAAGUUUGUUACUGGUGGUGGAUGUGUGGUGGAGGAGGAGGGAGUGGAAGAGGAAAAGGAGAAGAUCGAGAUGAUUUGUCCGGUGUGUCGAGAUUUCAACGCGGCGACGCUGACAGCGGUGAACGCGCACAUCGAUGGUUGCCUUGUGCGGACGGUGAGGGACGAGCAGCGGCGGAUGCGGCAGUUGAAGUUGAAGGCGCCGAAGAAGCGAUCCAUCGCGGAGAUUUUCGACCUCAAGAAGGACGUGGAAGAGGAGAAGCGGGCGCCGGACAUCGAGACCGUGUUGAAACUCCUGCCUUUCGACGCCGGUGAUGUUUCGAGCGCUGUCACGAAGCUCCGGUGGCUCUCGGAGCGGCUCGAGGCGAUGAGAUCCAACGGAAUUUCCUUCGAAUCGGUGAAAUCCGUCGGAGGAAACUCGAAUUCCGCGGAGGAGGAGAAAUCGGAGAUGCUGUGUCCUGUUUGUAGGGUUUUCAUCGCCGCCACGGUAACGGAUGCUAACGCGCACAUCGACGGUUGCCUCGCGAGGGCGAUGAAGGAGGAGCGGUGCCGGAGACCGAGUUUGAAUUAUCCGAAGCCAAAAGCGCCGAAGAAGCGCUCUAUCGCGGAUAUUCUCACCGUGGCACAGCCAACCGAUGCCGCAGGCGACGGUGAUCUCGCGGUGGAGGAAGAGAAAGUCGAAGAAGGCGAAGAAUACGGAGAAGAAUUCGAGAAAUACGGUUUCUCCAGUGUCAGAAUCAAGAGUAAGAAGUGUACGAACAACAGCGUAGCAAAAAAGAAAAAGAUGGAGAAGGUUUUUAUGAAGAAAAAAAACAAGGUGGAAAAACGUAGCGUUUUGCCGCUGAACGAUGAAAGUAAGAAGAUCAACAAAAGGAAGAAGAAAAAGAAGAAGAAGCUGAACAACGAGUUCACUGCAACGAAGGUUUGCGAACUCUACGUUUUGCUUUUUCUGCAUAAAACUGAUGCCAAAAUAUGUGGGUUUAGUGUGGGUUUGGAGUUGAGAGCAUCACAUUUGUGA